CAAAGUUAAUUAAUGCUAAAAAAAGAUUUGUCAGGUUUUUAUUUGUUCUUUUUAACUUUCUCUUGCUUACAGAAUCGUCUCCCUCCACCUUUACCAAUCUCCACCUUCCAGUCGCCUUGAGAUUGGGAAUCGAUCGAAGCAUCUGAAUCAAUAAUCUCAGACAUAUUAGAAAAUGGUGUACAGGCAUGAAGAGUUUUGAUUUGCAUUAAAUCAUGGCGCAGUGCAUAGACGGUUUCAAGCAUUUAUGCACCUCUGUUUUAGGGUGUUUUGAUCUUGAUUUGUAUAAACAACCUGGUGGCCUUGGUGACCCUGAAUUGCUUGCCAGAGACACUGUUUUUAGUGUGAGUGAAAUAGAAGCUCUUUAUGAGCUGUUUAAGAAAAUCAGCAGUGCUGUGAUUGACGAUGGACUAAUCAACAAGGAAGAGUUUCAGUUGGCUCUGUUUAAGACCAAUAAAAAAGAGAGCUUGUUUGCAGAUCGGGUUUUUGAUUUGUUUGAUACAAAGCACAAUGGAAUACUAGGGUUUGAGGAGUUUGCUCGUGCUCUCUCUGUCUUUCACCCUAAUGCGCCUAUAGAUGACAAAAUUCACUUUUCAUUUCAGCUAUAUGAUCUUAAACAACAAGGGUUCAUCGAACGGCAAGAGCUGAAACAAAUGGUUGUGGCUACGCUUGCUGAAUCUGGAAUGAACUUGAAGGAUACUGUCAUUGAGGAUAUAAUCGACAAGACGUUUGAAGAAGCAGACACAAAACACGAUGGGAAGAUUGAUAAAGAAGAGUGGAGAAGCCUCGUUCUUAGACAUCCCAGCCUGCUCAAGAACAUGACUCUUCAGUAUCUCAAGGAUAUCACGACUACGUUUCCAAGCUUUGUGUUCCACUCUCAGGUUGAAGAUACCUGAUGAUGAGGAACAAAAACAGCAAGCAUUAUAUGUUUUUUUCUUGUUCAUUUGUUUCAUUGAGUUAUCUGAUGUGAAGCAAAAUACAAAUGAAAUUUCUAUGAUUUUUGUUUGUGUGAAUCCUAUCUCUCUUUUCGAUUCUGUCUCUUUGAUCAGACCUGUUUGUAGGUACAACGUAUGCAUCUUGGUAUAUGAUCUGUAAAGUUUUCAACUUCA